AUGGCUGAGGAACUCGAAGCCUUUAUGAGGGCUGAAAGUAACGAACCAUUUUUCGAACCUACCGAAGAACAAGAAGAAAUGUUAUUACUCGCUGAACGUGGCGAAUCGAUGGAUUUUCCAGACAGUCCAGACGAGCUCGACUAUGAACCGAUGUCAUCGCCGAAGCCAAAAUCUCCUCGAAAGAAUUCGCCGAAACCAAAAUCUCCUCGUACUCCACCGCCAAAGUCUCCGGCCAAAUCGCCAAGCAAAUCCCCAAACUCGACAAAGAAACGCAUCGAUAAAGCAGUAGGCGAAAUCGCCAAAGCGGUGUUAUCUCCAUCACGAAACAUAGAGCCAACUCCAUCUGGCUCGGGUUAUGUAUUUCCCGAACAAGGUCGCAAACCAACGCGACCCGCUAAAGUUACCAUCGACCGUACUAGAGCUCGAAAGUCAUCGCCGAAAAAGAAGGUGAGUUCGACAAUUCAACCCGUCGACAAUAUCGAAGUGAAAGGCCGCAAUAAAAAGCCCCUAAAACCAGCAAUAAAAUCACCAUCGAAGUCGCCAAAAUAUAAAUCGACAACGUACAAGCCACAAUCUCCAAAAAAGGCAGUCUCGUUCAAAAGUUCAUCGUCAUCGUUGUCGUCGUCGGCGUCAUCGUUUUCGUCGUCAUCAGUAUCGACGUCAUCGUCGUCGUAUUCGUCAUCAUCGGCGUCGGUGAGCAGUGUCCCUAAGAGAAGAAGCAGGUCCCCAAAUCGUUCGCCGAGAAAAUCUAAAUCUCCGUCUCCUCGCCGAUCGGUCUUCGAACGCCUAUCGACCAACGAAGAAAAUCUAAAGAAGGAGAUAAGAGGGAACAAGAUCACGAUUACCGAUCUACGAUCUCAAUUGAAAUCGAGGAAAAAUGAGAUUCGCAAUUUCGAGGAGGCGAUUCUGGAUGAGAAAAGGCGAAGGGAAGAAGACAGGCGACAAAUUCAGAAUUUAAAUAGAAGAAUCACCGAAAAAAACCGGACGAUCGACGAAAACCUAAUCCAAAUUCAACGCCUCAGCGAACAGGUGAACGAACAGACGACGACGAUAAACAAUCAAGUGGUGACAAUAUCGAAUUUAGAGGCACAGCUAUUGAGAGCGCCUCAACAGGAUUCCGGACGGCGUCAGUAG